AUGUUCUCCUCGAGUCGUAUCCUCGGAUCACGCGUGGUGAGGUCAUCUGUGAUCCCUCGUUCGGCCUUAGCAAACACAACCGCUACACAAUGCUCUCGUUUCCACCGAUCUGCGAUUUCGCAAAAUGCAAUCGAAGAUAACCAGAUUCCGGUCACUGUUUUUUCUGCUGGUGAGGGUACUGCAGACAAAGGAACAGUCAACAUCGAUCAAGCCUCGCGCCUCCGCAAUGAAUCGGCUUCCUCACCACACUAUGAUGCUGUCCACCCCUUGACACGGAAGCUAUACGACCAGAUGCCACAUACAAUGCGCAGUAUGAGCGUGUACGGGAAAACAAUCAUAAUUACUGGCGGUGCUCGAGGACUCGGAAACUCCAUGACUCGGGCGUGUGCGGAGGCUGGCGCGAAGAACAUCAUCAUAUUUGAUGCCAACCAAGAACUUGGAGACGAAGCGGCGGCAGAGCUCCAUGAUAAAACCGGCUUGCCAAUUUCCUUCUUCAAAGUUGAUGUUCGUGACGCCGCCGCGAUCAAUGCUGCCGUCGAUGCCUGUGUGGAGCGAUAUGGUGCCCCUGAUGUUCUUGUGAAUGCGGCCGGGAUUGCCGAUUCCAACAUCAAAGCAGAGACGUACGACGUUCAAAUGUUUCGACGCCUGAUUGACAUCAACCUGACCGGAUCCUUCCUGAUGUCCCAGGCCGUUGGGCGCGCGAUGAUGGCCGCUGAAAAGCCCGGCAGUAUUGUUCUGGUCGCUUCGAUGUCUGGAUCUGUGGUCAACUAUCCACAAGAACAAAGUUGCUACAAUGCAUCCAAGGCCGGCGUGAUCCAGCUUGGAAAGUCGCUAGCGGCCGAAUGGGCUAAGAAUCAGAUUCGAGUCAAUUGCAUUUCGCCUGGCUAUAUGGACACUGCGCUGAAUCGUGUCCCCGCUCUCGACGCCCAAAAGAAGAUUUGGAAGUCAUUGACGCCUCAGAACCGACUUGGGGAUGUUGAUGAGCUCAAUGGUCUCUGUGUCUUCCUCGCCUCGGAUUCGUCCAAGUUCAUGACCGGCGCCAACUGCAUCAUUGAUGGUGGUUACACUUGCUACUAG